UUCCAAGCAGAAAGACCCGAUUAGCUGAACCAAAUCAGUCCUAUUCGCCGUCACACAUUCUCCCAAACCAAAUUCCAAUCCUGCUUAUCGACCAUACCCUCCAUAUCUAACUGAACCCACCGAUAACAAUCUAUACACAGAUCAAACAAACAAUGCAAACACCGAAAUUUCUCCAACACCACCAUCAUCCCCCCCGCGAACACCCUUCCUCCUCUCCGAGGAUCUGCGAGGCGCAACAAAAAUGUCCCUCUAUUACGAUGCUGUGACCAUUCUCACAGCCCCUGCCACGGGCGGCUCCUUCAAAUCCCGCAUCUACAACGCCCGCACGCUCAAGGCCUCGCCCGCGCAAGUCUACGCGCUGAUCAUCGAGGCCUCGAAAUGGGAUAUCUUGCUUAAGGAGGUAAUUGAGAAUGCGGGGAUUUUGAAGUUGGAACCUAAGCUAACCCCCCUCCUCGCCCUCCUCCUCGUCCACGACCACCUCCUCGCCAAAUCCGGCAUCGCCGCUAAAGCCACCCACCCCCUCCGCCAGGCCGUCGAGCGCCAUAAGGCCCGGCUGCGCGGGGAGUUCGUGAAGGCGCGCGUGCGGCGCGGGUGCGCGACCGUCGAUGCGCUCCGGGAUGUGAUUCGGAGUGAGAAGGCCGGCGCCGGUGGGGAUGCUGUCGCUGCGGUAUACCCCCGCUGGGUGCGGAUUAAUAAUGUGCGGACGACGCUGGCGCAGCAGCUGGAGACGACGUUCAAGGGGUAUGAGGUUGUGGGUUCAUUGGGGGAGCUGGGGGAGAAGUUGGUGAAUACCAAGAAAGCGAAGCAAAGCACAACCAAUCGAAAAAUAUAUCUGGAUGCGCAUGUCCCCGACCUGGUGGCUGUCGCGCAGGGGGUAGAUCUAACGGGGACUCCGGCCUACAAGAGAGGAGAAAUCAUACUGCAGGACAAGGCGUCCUGCUUUCCGGCGUAUUUGUUGGUCGGGGAUGAGGAGUGGACGGGCGGGGAUCUGCUGGAUGGAUGUGCUGCGCCGGGGAAUAAGACUACGCAUAUGGCUUCGUUGCUUGCCAGGCACGCGCGCCCAAAAAAGAAAAGCCAGAGGGUUUGGUCGAUGGAUCAGUCGCAGGUCCGGGCCAAGAUCCUGCAGAAGAUGGUGGCUACGGCGGGCGCGGAUAAGCUGGUGACUGUGUUGCCGGGGCAGGAUUUCUUGGCCCUGGAUCCCGAAGAGGAGCGGUUUGAGGCUGUUACGGGCUUGUUGCUCGAUCCCAGUUGUUCGGGAAGUGGGAUUCUGGGCCGCGAUGAGGUGCCGACGCUGGUGCUGCCGGAGGUGAGGGGGAAUGAAGGGAGAAAUGACAGGCAGCACGGGAAGAAGCGGAAGCGCAGACCCGAUGAUGAUGAGGGGAGGGAGAGCAAGGAGGCGAGAAAGCCGGAUGAUGAGGAGGCGCUGGCGGAGGAUGAGAACGAUCUGCCUGCCAAUGGGCACAUGGGGCCCGAACGGUUGCAGAAGCUCUCUAACCUGCAGACCCGGAUCGUCGAGCAUGCCUUGCACUUCCCCGCUGCUACCAGAGUCACGUACAGUACGUGCUCCGUGCAUAUGCUGGAGAACGAGGCUGUCGUGGCCAGGAUUCUGGCGUCCGAUGUCGCGAGGAGACGCGGGUGGAGGAUCAUGCGACGGGAUGAGCAGCCGGAAGGUAUGAGGAAGUGGAAGCAUCGCGGCGUGCGGAGUGAGAAGCCCGUAGCCGGUGCCGCUGCUGCUGCUGAGGUCGAGGUGGGCGAUCUGGGCCUCUCGGAUGAGGUGCUGGAUGGCUGCCUGCGCUGUUGGCCUGGCGAUGACGAAGGCACUGGCGGCUUCUUCAUUGCCGGAUUUGUACGCGACGGUGAGGUUGAGGAUGUGACGGAGGACGCUAAUGGUCAUGCAGAGGACGAGGUUAGUGGAGAAAGUGAGGCCUUAGAUCAGGAGGCGGUCGCAGAAGAUGCAGAUGAAGGAAAUACCAGCGAGGAUGAAUGGGCCGGGUUCUCGGAUUAGACAUGUAUCAGUGAGCUCUAGCUACUCCUCCAGAUGUACAGUGCAUAUAUAAUUA